AUGCCAGGUUCGGAAACUGCACAACGAUAUCUUGAACAGAUUCGUAAUAGAAAUAACAAUAAUCGAUUACGAAUGAUUCCAGAUCAAUUACAUCAAAUUCCAAUGGGUUACGCACAAAUGAUGGCAAUGGUUCCAGUUAAUGUUAAUGUUGAAUCCAAUUCAAAUAAUGAAAAUAUGAUUAACAAUAUAUCUCCUCAACAAGUAAAUCCAAUUAAGCUUCGAAAUCGAAUGUUUCAAGCUGCACAGAAUACUAACGUGUCAUCGUCACCCAAUAAACGACAAAGAAUGAUGCCCCCUGAUUCGUCUGGAAAUUAUUUGUCUAAUGUACAAUUCAAUAAUUCUACACCAAGACCACAAAUGACCGUAAAUCCAAAUAUGACACAAAGCAAUCUGAUCUUGACUACCGUACUUCAAAUUAUUCAUGACUUAUCUUCUAAUUCAAACCUGAUCAAUCGAAUUACUAAUACAAUUUAUGUAUCAUCUACUCAAGAUCAAAAACAACUUCAUACCGCUGCCGCCAUGAUUAAUGUGCCAAUUAUGCUAAAUAAUGUGCCUCAUGGAAUGUUGCGUCACCCAAAUCUUUAUAAUAGCGUUUUUCCAGCAAAUAUGAAUAUGUUGGCUCAAAAUAGAGUUGGAAGUAUAAGGCCUACCAACGAUGGACAUAAGAUGUUUUUCAACAACCGAUCUCAAAUGACGCCACAACAAUUAAUGGUGUAUCAACAAUCACUGCAACAACAACAAAUUCAACAACAACUUCAACAGCAACAACUUCAACAUCAUCAACAACAAAUUCAACAGCAACAAAUUCAACAAAUUCAACAACAACAACUUCAACAACAACAACAAGCAGCCCAAGCACAUCAAAAUGCACAUCAAGUUCAAACACCUCAAACACAACAAACACAGGUACAAGCUCAACAAACGCAAAUACAAGCACAACCUGUAGCUAAUAACGUUAAUAAUACUCCUCAACGUGAAUCAACAGAAGAUGGAAAUGAUAAUGAAAAAGGUGCAAAGAACAUUUCAAAGACUCCAACUCAACAACGAGCACAAACAAGCGGACAAUCCGCACUUGAUUUUGACGUGGAUGAGUGCCGCGAUUACGCCAAUAGCCUUGGAGAUGGAGUAGAUCCCUUUGGUUUUCUCCAUGAUGGAUUCGAGCAACAAUCACAAUCGGAUGAUGCGAACUUUAACGAUUAUUUUGAUUUCGGAGGGGAAAAUUAG